AUGAACUUUCUUAGCAAGAUUUGUGGAGGAGAAUGUUCUGCCCUUAGCAAAGAAAAAAGCACGAAAACUCGGCUUCCUGCUCAUCUCCUUGAGCUUUUAAAAACAAAUCUCAUAAACCCAAAGGCUUUCUCAGAAGGUGGUUGCUAUCUAAGGGGUGACUGGUGCUCGUAUCGUUCAGCUAUGGAACUACGUAGAGCAGGAAUCCGUUUCAGGCCUGGAAAGAGUCGUCAUCUUUCUGACAUUAAGUUCACUUCAUUUCAUUGCUCAGCUCUUUUAACACUUCCACCUAUAACCAUAGAUGAUUCAACCAAGUCACAGUUUUUAAACUUAGCCGCGUAUGAAGCAUGUCCUGAUACACCAGAUGACUUUGGAAUUACGUCUUAUGUUAGUUUCAUGGAUUCACUUAUCGAUCAUGCUGAAGACGUGAAGGAGCUGAGGUCAAAAGGUAUACUACUUAACUUUCUUGGAAGUGAUCAAGAAGUAGCAGAUCUGUUCAAUGAAUUAGCAAGAGAUUUGGUGCCGAAUCCACAUGCCUUUGUUGAUGUGAAAGACAAAAUUGAGAAACAUUACAACAACAAAGGCAAAAUUUGGAUUGCUGAAUGGAAGAACACUCAUUUUAACACUCCAUGGACUGUUUUUGCAUUCAUCGCAGCACUUUUUGUCAUUGGUUUGCAAGUCACUGAUACAUUUUUAGCAGGCAUCCAAACCUUCUAUGCAGUCCAUCCAAAAAAAGACUAG